GAAGCCACCAUGCUUCGCUUUGCAAACCCUCUUUUCAGAAACAUCAUUAACAGAAGUCAACUUGAUGGCAUUAAGAGGAAGCAAUGCCUCCAGUAUCUGAAAACCCUGAGAACACUGCAAUAUGAUGGAUUUAAGACCGUAUAUUUUGGGGAAACCAGUAUCCCAGAAAGUCUCGUGACUGGGGAAGAUGUCAGUGAUGGAUAUUACAUGCAAACCCCAAGUUGGUGUAUUGUGCACGCUGGGGGUAGUCAGGGAUGGGUGCCUUGGCGAUAUCGGAUGUUCCUAAGAGAUGAGCUUCACGUCAAACAAGAAGUCAGCCUCUUCUCCGAGUUCUGCGACGUGGUGAGGAAGGCCUAUGGAAAGUGUAUUAUCGUGGUCAAAGAAAGAAGGCAGCGGGAGGAGUGGAGGCCAAAGGAAGACAGAGAGGCUGAGGGCCAGGUCUAUAUCCCUGCAGUCAGCAGCUUAGCAAACACUGUGUGUUGCCCAGAGGUGGCCAAGUCCUGUGGCCAUGAACUACUCUCUCUGCCUUCCCCCUGCAAUUACCUGAACCCUUUAGAUUCAGCCUGGUCUUGUCUGAAAUGGUUUAUCCUCAGUAACAGAAAAGAGUUUUGUCUGCAGUCCAUUGACGAUGUCUGUUCUUACCAAUAUAUACUUUUCAGCAGUUUAAUUGCCGAAGGGAUUGAAAGGAUAAACCCAAGCAAGUGGAGAACAUUAACUAGCAGAGUACGGAGAUGGGAAAACCACUAUCUUGGGAAAUGUUCUUAAGGGCGAUUCCUCCAACAAGCAGUGAGGCUGCUGCAUGUCGGAUUCCACCCCACUGCAGCCAAAGAGACUUCAACAGCGCCCUCAGCUGCAAGAACUGAGCGGUUCCUAAGGAUGUUGGCAAAGCACUUUUUCUAGAAGUUUCAUUAAAAUUUGUUGCUACCUCCGUGAGCAGAUGGAUCGCCCCGACUGCAGCAGAGCUGAGAAAAUGCAGAGGCGGGGAAGCAGCAGUCAGCGAGGCAGGGCCCGACCCAGCUCCAAAGCCCAACUCUGUAGCAUCACGCUGUCCUACUAUGUAUGAUUCAUUCCUCACACUCAUCCACUUCACAAUUAUGUUAUGCAAAUACACUACGGCUUGGCUACUGAAACUUCCAGAGGCAACUGGACUCGCUCCCUCUGAAAUCAUCUUACUGGUUAUGUAUGGAUCUGCAGAAGGAUAUAACGUGAUAUAACAGAAAUGGAAUGAAAACCAUGGGAGGGGGCAGGGAUGCAAAUACUUAAAUCGUUUUAAUUUUACUAAAACAGUAAGAACACAAGAACACUCAGUAAUCAGCUAAUAGUUUUCAACCACGAACUCAUUUUGACAGUAAAGAAUAAACACGUCACAUCUACUUCAGAAAGAUCAUGCUGGCAUCAGUAUAAAAGACUGAAAACGUUCAGAAAGUGGGACUUUUCAACUUUUUACCCUGGUAAACACAAGCGGCUUCAAAUACUGACGUGGUUACCAGGCUCUUCUCUCCCUAAGCUAAGCCCCUCCCUUCAAUAAACCUUGAGAUCCUCUGUUUUCUUGAAGGUUCACAUUUUAGUGGUGAAGGUUUGACUCCAUGCAUACAAACCAGCUAUGCUAAGAAUGGUGCUGUAGAAACUUCUUUUUUUUCUGCUAGGAGUUCCCAGGCUAUCUGACGCACUGAAUCACACUGGGAAAAGCUACUCUCUUCCAGCUUUCUCAGUCUCUCCGCAUAAACUAAUGGGGUUCUACUAUUAAUAUAACAAAGGCCACAUUACUGCCCACAGCUCCCUACAAUCCAAAUAGGAAACCUAGCUUUAGCAAUUGCGGGGUGUACACUCUCAUCCAGAAGUUAGAAAACCCACGAAAAUGGAGAUGCAUCAGCCAACGGACGCAGGUAGGAGGCUUCGGUGCCCACUUUCUUUUACAGACAGCAAAAAGGCACAGCAAGAGGCCGAGGUUUGGACUGAGAAGGAGGCAGAACAAGGGCAGCAGAGGUCAAGAACAUUAAUAGGCUAAUGCGAAGGGCCUCGGGACCCCUUUCCUGCCCCUCUCCUAGGCACUAACCUUCAGUGGUGUGAAACCACUUCCUCUAAUUUCCUUUUAAUAUAAGCCCCUUAUAUUUCUUGAAACAUGCAGACCUUCAGUGAGGAAAAUGAAUGCUACCAGGGUAGACUAGAUCUAUAUUAACUUCUUUUUGAGACUCCAACCAGCCUGGAGUACAGUGGCAUGAUCACAGCUCCCAGGCUCAAGCAAUCCUCCCCCUCAGCCUCCUGAGUAGAUGGGACUGCAGGCACGUGAGAGCAUGCCCAGCUCAUUUUUUCUUAUUUUUUAUAGAGAUGGGGGUCCCACUAUGUUGCCCAGGCUGGUGUUGAACUCCUGGGUUUA